AUGAUUUUGUUUUGCAGAUGCAUUCCUAUCAUUGUAAAAUCAGAGAUAUUCUAAAUUUUGAAUUUUUACAAGAUUUUAUGUUAUGAGGUAAAACAGCUAUACAUUAUAGGUGGGGAAGUUGAAUAAAUAUAUCAAAAAGAUUGAUGUGGGUUUUAUUGACAUACUUAGCUUUUUUUUUAUUAUCAUUACUCUAUUUAAUGUAGUUGUAUUUGUAAUAAAAGUAAAAGCACUGUUAAGUUAUCUUUAGGUUUAUGAAAUGAACUAGCAGUCAGAUCUCUUGUGCACACAAGAGAGCCGAAUAUUUUAUGGAUUAACAGGAAUUACAAUCAUUUUUGUCUUUUUGAAUAAAAGUUAAACAACAAAAAUCUAAUUAACUUUUAAAAAUGAAAAUUUUAUUCUGUAUAAACAAUAAAACUAAAUUUUCAAAAUGUGA